AUGAGGCCGUACAAGGGACGAUGUUGGAGAUCACAGGCUUUGACCUCUUGGGUCUUUGGGAAGCUGAUGGAGAAGGACUUGGCGAGACCACGCCCCCCCCGACGCAAGACCAAAAGUCGCCCUGCCUCGAGACCGAUCACGCCCACGGCGAGUCCGGGCACUCGGGUGGAGUGCCCCUUGCUGGUGCGCAGAUUGGUGGGCCACUCCCCACCUGGACGUCCUCCCACUCCACCACCACCAAGACAACCAGUGGAUCCGCAACGGACCUGGACGAAGGAUUCCUCGAUGUCGCUACCCUUGGUGGAUGAAGACUUCUUCCGCGCCAUCAGCAGCGGGCACCGCGGGAGGUUCGGCCGCGCCUUCUCCGCGGGCUUCGUGCGGCAGCUGAGCCCGAUGUUGCGACAGAUCUCCCCGGGGCGCUUUCGGCAAGUGUCCCAGGACGUCGCUGAGAGCCUCCCUGGCCCGGCAGCGUCGGCGCGGCCGGAGAGUGAAGACACUGACGCGGAGGGCAUCUUGGUCACGCACCGGCAGUCAGAGCCGGCCGAGUCGAUGACGUCAGGUUCUUUGCGUGCCAGUGAACUUCCACUGGGCUCCAUUAGCUUCAACCCACAGGCGCCUUCUUCAGCCCGAGAGUUGUGGCAAAUGUGGAGAGGGAUGAGCUUCGAGGAAGGCAAGAGUCCCUGGGACACUCCACAUGACACUGAGGAGAAGGGCUUUGGCUUGAAGGAUGACGACUUGCAGGACCCCCCGGAGUUCCCGGCGGAGGAGUCUCAGGGCGCCGUGGAGCCUGCGGAGGCGCCCGAGGCGCUGCCCACGGCGGCGGAAGAGGCUGCGGAGGCAGCGGAGGUGGGCUCCCACGGUGACCCGCUCCACGCGUCGGCGACGGAGCUCCCGGAGUCGGCCACGGAGCUCAGCGCGGUCAUCGAGGAUGAGGAGGUGGAGACGAUGUACCUGGUGCCGCCUUGGGCUCUGCGAGCACACCUCAACCUGGACCCUCUGAGCCCGCGCGAGGCUUUUUGCCGCCGGGCUUUUUGCCGCGGGCGGCGCGCGCCAGCGCGCGGACGGAGAUGGACCCCGAGCUGCGUGGCGUGCUCGAUGCCCUGGAGAAGGCACCAGCCCUCCGUGGUCGGCGGCCCUCGUCGCAGUCUUCGCGCUGGGGGCCCUCAGACCGAAGUGCGGCAGGAGUUGGUCCUCAGUCCUUUGUGA